UUCCACUUGUACACAGUUGUGGGUCGUGCCGAAGGUGUUCGCAAGAUUAACAGAGCAUAAAGUGCAACCACCGAUGCGGUUCUCUCUGUUUGUAGUGAGAGUUUAUGCUGUACUCUGCUUUUAUAUAUGACCAUCCACCUGUUACUUGGUAUCCAGUUCAUUUCACUGAUUUCUCAGGCAGGCAGGUGACGGCAAGGGGCUACUAACAGGUAUCCAGGGUUCGCUCAGAGGUUCAUCGUCAAGAAUUCCCCAGCCAGACCUGAAUACAUUGCCAGGCGGAGUUAUCGGAGAUGGAGAGAACAACAUUUACAGAAGUGGAAAAGGAAGAGGCGGAAAGAUGUUUUCAAUUCCCGGUAGAAAAGGGUCUGGAUAAUGAUGCCAUUGUCAAGAGGUUCGACUGCGUAGCUGAGAAGUAUGAUAAGAUGCAAUCUACAUAUGGUUACAGCUUGCAGAAGUGGAUGGCGUCUAGCUGCUCUAUAUACCCACAACCGAAAAUCUGUCUCCAUCUUGGAUGUGGCUGCAGGGACGGGCUUGGUCUCUUGUGAGAUGCGAAAACAAGGAUUCCUACACAUUGAUGGUCUGGAACCAUCAGAAAGGAUGCUGGAACAGGCCAAGAAAAACAACUUAUAUGAGAGAUAUAUCUGUGACAUUCUUGCUGACAAGACUCUGGACAUUGCUGACGACACAUAUAAUAUAGUGACUGUGGUCGGUCUCAGCUCUGAAAUAUUCUCUACAUUGCCCAUCAAGGCAUUCGAGGAGCUGGUGCGUAUCACGAAAUCAGGAGGCCAUAUUCUGAUGAAUCAUUACGACUACAUCUUCCAAAGAGAUGUCCUCCGUGCGAACCUCGCCAUUCUUGAGGACAGAGGACUGUGGAAACUAGAGGACAAGCAAAUUAAGCCCAACACCGCCCACGGGUUUACUGGUCAUUUGCACGUUUAUAACGUUUUGUAGUCCAACACCAAGAGAAAACUCAAUUCUUUCACGAGUGACUUGCGUUGGUUAAAUGGUGUGUAUUGCAGGCAGGGUAAUGACGUGUGUUAACGUGAUAUGGACUUCAACCCUAGACCUUCACCUUUCUCUUUUUUAGGCCGUCACAUAUAGUUAUUCCUUAGAGCUGUCAAGCAUCAGUGAAAUGGAACCGCACCGUCCAGAUGAUCUUAUCAUGUCUUUGUUUUUUAAUUGAACCUAACUCAAGGUAGCGUCUAUAACAUUAAACAUGAACUGUACUGGUGAUUUGGGAAUAUAUUCAAAGAAGACUUCUGCUUCGAUUCAAUUUUCAAAAUAUAAUAGGGUCUUUGAAACUUAAUGAACUUGUGUUUUGGAGUAUUUACAUUAACAACGUUUCAAACACUGUACUGGUUAUGUGGCUCCAAAUUCAUUUUAACCCCAAGUCUUCACUGAAACAUCAAAUUCCCCAUCCACAGAUUACGUUUAACACACUGUGGCAGGUAUGAGUGAUGGUUAUAUUGUUAUGAGGGUGUGGUUUUGUUAAUGGUGAUGUCACAUUGAUAUACUUUUAGUUAUUAUGGGUCACACAAUUUUAGCGCUGCGUGUGGAUUUCAACUAACACCUUGAACUUAGUAUUUUCACCUGUUAAGAGUAAGUUAGAGUUACAUCCCCUUCGUUUUGCUUCCGGUGGACGCUGUAGCUAUGGGAGGAAUUCAGUAAUUUCUAAAAAGUGGUCGUGUGGCAUGGCGGUUGUAAGAAAAGUCUAGAACUGUAUAAUAGGUACAUAAGGGAUGGUUGCUUAAGUGUAUGAAUGGACUACUGCUUUGAAUAUACGCUUAUCUGUCUGCUAACAUUGACGUUUCAAGACUGAGCUCUCAACUGGCCUCGUCCACAUUGAACUUUCAACAGCUGUCAACAAUCUUCAAUCAGUACAUCUUUUUUUCUGGGAAUGUCAACACUUUUGUGAGUUAAUAUUUCAGAUUUCUGAUCCAAAAGUAUUGUACUAGAAACCUGUACUGUCAUUCAUUGUACCGGUGUUUAUUCAUUACACAACUGAACAUUAUAGACAUCCUCGUCUGUGGUUAUAUUUUGCUGGUUUAAAGGGGACUCACAAGCCUUUAUCACUGUAAUUUCCAAACUGUAACAAUAUGAAGUUAAAUAUGGGUUUUUUUUUGUAGUUCUUCAAAACCUCUCUAAAAUCGGCUUUUUGUGACACAGUCUGAG